AUGUAAUAUAUUUGGUUAUUUCUUUUGACAGAAGUAAUAGGAAUAAGAAAGUACUAUGAUGAAUAUAAUUCUUUUUUUGAAUAAGAAAAUGAUCCUUGUCCUGAAAUGCAUACUUUAAAGGUUGAUUUUAGUCCAGAUUAUUGUGUGUGUAUUGAUAAAUGUAUUAUGAGAUAGCUUAUAAUGAAAUUUGUAUAGGAGCUUUAAAAGCUUCAAUAAAAAUUGAUUAAAAUGGUGACUCCUUUUUAUGUCAACCAAGAUUUUAAGUUUGGGAUACAGGGAGUCCAACAAAAGAUUAUAUUACAAUGCAUUGUGGGUUUAAUGGUGGUGAUUAAUUAGUAAUGGAAUUGUUGACUAAUGGACAUUAUUAAUAUUAUUGUACAAGUAAGAAUAUUAGAUUAUUCCAAUAGCUCUUUAUGAUGAUGCAAAUAUUAGAUGUUUGAUUACUACAUUAGUUUAAGGUUUUUAUAGAUGUCUAUUUUGUAAACAUCCAUAUUAUGGAGAAAGUUGUUCAUAAACUAUUAAGGGUUAUGAUUAGAGAUAUUUUAAUCCUCCAAAAAGUAAUCAUUUUAUAUUAGAUUAAGAAUGCAUCAAUAACAAUUGUUUAGAAUGUCAAGAUGAUAUUUCUUGUAGUAAAUGUAUUCCUGGCAAAGGUUCAAAAUCGAAUAAACUAUGUGAUAUAGGUAUUAUUAUAAUAUUAGUAUUUAGAUUGUCGAGGGUUUUAAGAUUGUUCAAUGAAUUCUAAUGGUAUCAUUUAAUACAAUUCAUAAUGUAUGAUAGGAUAUUAUUUAUAUUCUGGAACUACUUGUAAAUGUAUCUAAAAUUAUUAUAUAAUUUAGAAUGUAAUGAAGGUUGUUUAAGUUGUUCUUAUGAUCCAAUAAUUAAUUAUCCUGGAUGUAGUAUUUGUGAUUCCAAUUAUUUCAGAAAAUUAGUUUAUCAAAAUGUCCCAAAUAUAUAUGGUUGUUUCAGAAUUGAGAAUUGUGAUAAAUCUAGAUAAUAGAUUACUGGUUUCUCAAUUUCAUCAAAUGGAUUAUAUUCCUACAAUAUUUAAUGUAAUUUAUGUGACUUCACAUAUUACUAUGAUACUGAAUCUGGAGAAUGUGAAAGUAAUAAUUUUCAAAUAUUUUUUUAGAAAUUUCAAAAUAAAAUUAAUUUUGUUAAAUCUUAGGAUUAAACCCAGAAAAUUGUUUCGCUUGUCAUCCCUUAUAUGAAAGACUUCCAGAUGCUACAUGUUAAAUUAGAGUUUGCAAUCCUUUUUGUCUAACAUGUUUAGAUAAUAAUCCAAAUAAAUGUAUCACCUGCAGAGAAGAUAGAAACUAUAAUAGUUAUACAUGUUAAUGUAAAACAACUAAUACUUGUGAAUGUUUGGAUGGUUUUUGUUAUGAAUGUGAAUAACCUGAUAUAUUCUAUUGUACAUCAUGUAAACCUGGAUCAAAUAGAAUACUUGUGGAUAAAUAAUGUGUUUGUCCACCUGGAUAUUAAGUAUCCACAAGUAAUCCUUAAAAUUGCAUUUGUAUGAUUUACUGAUUAAUAUUGAAGUGUGUGAUCAUUCUUGUAAAUUUUGUUCUGGUCCAUCAAAUUCUGAAUGUAUAACAUGUCCAAAGGAAAGUACUUCAAAUAGAAUUAAAGUUGAUGGUUUAUGCAUUUGCAAACCUGGAUAUGCUGACUAUGAAAUUAAAUAAUCAAAAUGUGGAAGUAACUUUAAAACAUUAAUAUAAGAAUGUCAUUCAAAGUGUAAAUCAUGUUAUUAGGCUGCUGAUGAUACACAAAAUUAAUAUUGUUUAACUUGUAUUCCUGGAUAGAAUCGUGUUCUUUCAGAUGAUUUCAAUUGUGAUUGUAAAAAUAAUUAUGGAGAUUUUAAUGGCACUUUAGAUGUGUGUCUAAGUACUUACAUCAAUUAAAAAUAGAAUGUCAUUAUACAUGUGGUAGUUGUAAUGAUUUUGGUUCCAAUAAUUGUACAUUAUGUUUACCAAGCUCACAUAGAUACUUAACUCUUGAAGGAAAAUGUUUAUGUAAAUCAUCAUAUUUUGAUGAUCAAACUGAUAGUAUAGUAUGUGCAUGUAUAAUAUAUAAUUUAAUAAAUAGAAUGUCAUUAUUCAUGCUUGUUAUGUGCAAAUAAAAUUGAAAAAGAUGCAUGCUAAUAAUGUUCUCAAACUAGAAUUCCUAGUAAUCCAUCGGCUGCUCAAUUCGAAUGUAUUUGCUCUUCUCCAGAUACAUUUGAUGAUGGAUUUUCACCAAUAUGUUAGAAUUGUCAUUACUCUUGUUUAACUUGUAAUGGUCCACUUCCAUCAAAUUGCUUAACAUGUAAUACAAACUAUAGAUAACUCAAUUUAUUCAAUUGCAUGUGUCCUAUAGGAUUUUAUGAUGUUGGAUCAUUAGAAUGUGCUUGUAAUACAUUUGACAAGAUUAAUAGAAUGUCAUUAUUCUUGUUAUUCAUGUUAUAAUGAUUCAAUAGAAAGUUGUGUUACUUGUUCUCUUGAUCUCCAUUAUAGAGUCUUAAAAGGUUUAUAAUGUUUUUGUGCAGAUGGAUAUUAUGAAGAUUCUGGAAUAGCCUUAUGCAAAAGUAUACAUUUUAAUCUAAUAAUUAGAAUGCUCAUAUAAAUGUGAAACCUGCUAAACAUUAGAAGAUAAGUGUUUAAGUUGUCCAUCUAAUUCUUUUAGAAUAUUUGAUCCUGUUUAAGGAUGUUAUUGUCCAGAAGAAUACUUUGAUAAAUAUAAUGAAUCAACUUGUCUAAGUUAUAUCUAUAUUUAUUAUUAGAAUGUCAUUUCAAAUGCUAAACUUGUAACGGUAUUACUGAAUAAUCAUGUUUAACUUGUGAUCCUGUUUUUAAUAGAAUAUUAAAUGUUAAUUAAUGUGAAUGUAAAAAACAUUACUUUGAUAUGGAGGUUUCAGAAUGCAUAAGUUUAUUUUUAUAAUUCUAAAUUUUAGUUUGUAGCGAAUUUUGUUAUGAAUGCAAAGACAACUCUUAGAAAUGUACUUCAUGCUAUCAAAAUAGAUAUUUAGAUAACAGUACUUGCAAAUGUUUAACUAAAAUUUAAGGAAUAACUAUUAGUACAUUUGAAUAUAAUAAUAUGGUUGAUUGCUAGAGUAAUAUAUUUGUUAUAUGAUCACCAGAAUGCCAUUAUUCUUGUGCUAUGUGCAAAGGUUUUGAUUUAACAGAUUGCAUUUCUUGUAUUGAUAGCGAAGAAAGAUUCUUAGAUGCAAAUACAUGUCUUUGUAAAGAAGGGUAUUAUGAUGCAGGAAUGCCUGAUUGCAAAAGUAUUAAUAAAUUUAAUAAAAAUAGAAUGCAGUUAUAAAUGUAAAGAAUGUUAUAAGUCAUCUGAAACAUGUACUUCUUGUAAAGAUAAUUCAUUUAGAUUAUAUAAAUCAGGUUUAAAUAAAUGUUAAUGCAUUGAUAGCUAUUUUGAUGACGGAGAAAAUGAGGUUUGUUAAAGUAUUUGAUUAUUAUAUAAUUAGAAUGCCAUUAUUCAUGUCUCAGAUGUAAUGACAUUGAAACAAGAUGUGAGAUUUGUUCUAUUGAAUCAAAUAGAACUUUUAAUGAUCAAAUUUUUACUUGUGAUUGUAAUGAAGGAUAUUAUGAUGAUGGAGUUUAAAUUUGUUAGAAAUGCCAUUAUUCAUGUUUAAAUUGUACUUUUGGAGAUUCUAAUACAUGUAUUUCAUGUUUAGAUUCAAACAUAUCACAUAGAGUAUAUUAUAAUAAUACAUGUAAAUGUUUCUUUGGAUAUUUUGAUGAUGCUUAAUCAGUUAUAUGUUAAAAAUGCGAUAUCAAUUGUUUAAGUUGUAUUGAUUAAGCAUAUAAAUGCUUAUCAUGUCCUUAGACUAGAAAAAUAUAAACAAAUUGUAAAUGUGAAUAAGGUUAUUAUGAUGUGGGAUUAUAAUUUUGUUCAAAAUGUAAUUCUAAUUGUAUGACAUGUGAAAUCAAAUCAAAUAACUGUACUUCUUGUGAUCUUAAUUUGUUAAGAGAACUUAAUAUUAUUACUCAAACUUGUGAUUGUUUACUUGGUUAUAUUGAAAUAAAUGGAAUUUGCUAAUAAUGUCAUUAAAAUUGUAAAACAUGUUCAUAAUCAAUUAAUAAUUGUAUUUCUUGUGUGAAAUUUCGAUAUUUAAUAGACAAUUAAUGUUUCUGUAAUGAUGGAAUGUAUGAAUCUAAUUUAGAUAAAUAAUGUAAGUUAUGUGAUAAAACUUGUUUAACUUGUAUUUCUACUAAUACAAACUGUUUAACUUGUUCAAUAGAAAAUUUUAGAGAAUUUAAAUCUGGAAAUAAAUGUGAAUGUAUGUAAGGAUUUUAUGAAAAUCCAAUCAAUAAAAAUUGUGAAGAAUGCGAAAAAUCUUGUUUAAUUUGUUCUUUAGUAUAUGACAAUUGUUUAUCAUGUGAUUCUAACCUCAAUUUAAAUUUAAUAAAUAAUAAAUGCUUAUGUUCAUCAUCAUAUUAUUUUGAUUCUUUGACAAAGUCAUGCAAAUGUAAUUAAAAAUUAUAAUAAUUUUCAAUUAGAAUGCAAUAUUAAUUGUUUAGAGUGUGAAAAUUCUACUGAAUGUUUAACAUGUAUAUUAUCAACUAGACAUUUUGAUUAUGUUUCAAAGUAAUGUUUAUGUAAUACUGGAUAUUUUGAAAUCAAUUAACAAAAUUGUAAAUGUAAUUCAUUUGAAUAUCAUUUAUAGAAUGUCAUUAUUCGUGUGAAACUUGUGAAAAUAAUAAUACUAAUUGUUUAAGUUGUUUAGACAUACAUCAUAGAAAAUUGAUAAAUAGUAAAUGCCUUUGUUUUGAUGGCUAUUAUGAAGUUGGAAUUGAAUAAUGUUGGAAAUGCUCUAAUAUUUGUAAAACAUGUGAGUCUUCUGCAUAGAAUUGUAAGACUUGCUAUGAAAUAGAAUAAAAAAGAUAUUAUUCAGAAUAUAAAUGUUUAUGUAAUCCUGGAUAUUUUGAAUCAAACGAAGAAAUCUGUACAAGUAUUAAAUAAUUUAUAAAAUUAAAUAGAAUGUUCAAAUGAAUGUUUAACUUGUUAAGGAUAAGCUGAUUAUUGUACAAGUUGCGAUAUCCUUGCAAAAAGAUUAGAUUAAUCCAUAAUUCAUAAGUGUCCUUGUAUAAUUGGAUUUUAUUAGGAUCAAAAUUUAAUUUGUUAAAGUAAAUUCUCAAUUUUUAUAUUUAUAGAAUGCCAUAUCAAAUGUUAAACUUGUAUCAAUAAGUUUGACUAAUGUUUAAGUUGUAAAUUUGAACUUAAUUCAAAUCGAAAGUCUUUAUCUAAUUAAUGUAAUUGUAAAGAUGGUUAUUUUGAUGAUGGAACUCAAUUAUAAUGUUAAAAAUGUAGUCUAAAAUGCAAGACUUGUAAAAAUUAAGCAAAUUAUUGUAUAAUUUGUUAGAAUACUGUAAGAAUUCAUCCUCCUUAAUGUGAUUGUUUGGAUGGAUAUUUUGAAGAUUAAUAAUUGACUUGUUAAAGUAUUCAAUAUUAAUACAUAAGUUUGUGAUCCUUAAUGCAAUACUUGUGUAUCAUCACCAUCAAACUGUUUGAGUUGUAAGCCUGGAAGAUCAGGAAAUGAUUGUAAAUGUAUUGAUGGAUAUUUAGAAAUAGGAUAAAUUUUAUGCGAAAGUAUUAAAAUUAUUAAAUUUAAAUAGAAUGUGGCUUCUAAUGUGCUACUUGUGAUUAAAGUAGAUUUAAUUGUAAAGUUUGUAAAGGCAAUAGAAUUUAAGAGCCUAAAUGUAUUUGUCAAUCUGGAUACUUUGAUGAUUAAAUAAAUGAAGAUUGUUAAUAAUGUGAUAGCACUUGUAUAGAGUGUAAUAUAAAUGGAUGUUUAUCUUGUUCUGCCAAUAGAAUAUUAAAUGAGAAAAUGGUUUGUAUUCCACCACCUAAUUCAAUAUGGCAUGAUAAUACUCCUUGGUGUUCAAGUAAUUUAUUUAUAAUAUUAUAUUAGCAUGUCAAGUGGCAGUCGUUAAAGUUUAGCUAUCAGAUGAUAUCAGUAAGAUUAUCAUUCAUUUUGAUUUCCCUUUAAAUUCAAAAGGAUUUAAUUCAUAAAUCGAAAUUAAUAAAUGUAUGUAAAUAUUUGAAUCAGAAUCUGUAUUAAUUUUCGGUUAAACUCCUGUUUGCUAUCUAAAUCCAGAUAAUAAUUAGGAAUUAUUAAUCUAAUUAGGGGAUAACUCGAAAAUUAAUAUUGGUGAUGAUAUUUAAUUUAAAAGUAAUUCUUUAUCUCAUGUUAAUUGUGAAUCGGCUUUGUAAAAGUUUAUUUUUACAACAUUAUAAAUGCCAAUAAAUCCUAUUCCUCCAUUAAUCGAAUAUAACGUACCUUUAGAUAAAAUAAAUCCUUAUGCAGAAACAUUAGUAUAUGUAAAAUCAAUGAUUAAUACUGGAAAUAAAAAAUUAAAUAAUAUAUUUUGGAGUUGUUAAGUAAAUGCAUCUGAAAAAAAUGAUAAACUUUAGGAAUUCUUAGAUUAAAAUAACUUUAAUUAAGAAUAUAAUUUACUGAUACCAGAGUUUACUUUAAUUCCUAACGCAGUCCUAAAAUUUAAAAUUUAAUAUUCAAACUUUAUUCAUCUUAAUUCCUUUUCAGAAUUCACAAUACUAACCCAUUCUGGAGAAUAACCAUAAAUUUAUAUUAAUUAUAAACAAUCUUAUUUUGUUUUUGAGAAAAUUUCGAUUAGUAUUUCUGUAGGAACUUUAUUUAAAUCAAAUAUCAUAGAUAAUUCGAAAUACUCAAUAAAUCUUUUUGAAAUUAACAGACACCCAAAAAAAUCUUUAUCUUCAUAAUUAAAUAUAUCAACCGAAUCAAACUCUUUUGAGUUUAUCUAUGCAAAUAUUUCAAAAUAUACUUUGAGUCCAAAUUCAACAUAUACUUUUCAAAUAAAAGCAUAAAAUUAAAUGACAAAUAUAUUUGAGAUUAAGAAUUUCACUAUAUAAAUUCCUUUUGCUGGAUUAUAUUGCAAGUUUAAUCACAUGGGAAUCUAGUAUAUAAGGAAAAAUUUAAGUCUUUAAGUUGAAUGUGUAGAUUUUGAUAGAACAUAUGAUUGGAAUAGUGAUCCAGAUUUGAAUAUCGAAAUAUCUUGUAAGGAUAUUACACUAAGUGGAACCUGUAUAAAUUUAAAGAAAGAAAACAUACAUAUAAACACAACUGAAAUCAAUUAAUUUAUUGAUAAAAAUUCAAUUGCGCCUUUCACCGUUUAAGAAUGGACAGUAGAAGCAAAAAAAUUUUAACAGGAAGCUAAAUUUAAUUUAAUUAUUGUUUAUUUAGAAGAUGAUUUAUCUUUUUUAGAAUUAGAUUAUAAUAAAGGUUAUUUAAUGAGAAAGAUUAAUAAUUAUGAACUGUUAAAUUUUACAUAUCUUAUCCCAUUUACAUAAAAACCAUAUUUAGUAGAUCAAUAAAUUGCUAUUAUUUAUGAAUAUGAAAUAAUCGAGAUACUUUAACCAAAAUAUAUUUCACAUUCAUUUAAAUUAUUUAAUAUUUUGAAGGAGUUAAGGUAUGGGGAUAAAAUAAAUCUUAAAUUAACAGCAUAAUAUUCUAAUAAUAUAAUGCCUAGCAUGAAUAAUAUUAAAUUAACAUUAAAUCGGCCUCCUGUCUGUUAGAAAAUAUUAAUUAAUAAUUAGAGUGAUUUAGCACUUACAAAUAUCAUAGUUUUAAUUUCAUGUAUGAAUUCUGCUGAUUCACCAUACAAAUAUUAACUCAAGAUAUUUUUAAGAGAAGUUGAUUUAUAAUCAUUUUUAGAAGGUUAAUUGGAUAACUCCUUGACACUUAAACCUUAUUAAAAUAAUAAUUAAUUCUAAAUACAAGUUCCUACCUCAGUAGAUUCUUCUAAAAUUGGAAUUCUUGUUUAAAUUCUUGAUAAUGGAGGAUCAAUAACAUAAAUUUAUGAAACUAUUGCACCGAAACCUGCAUAAAUAGACUGUGCUUAAAUUUAAUUUUAGAAUUUAAAUCUAUAAAAUAAAAUAGUAAUGCUAUUUGAAUCUAUGAAUCUAAAAUGUACUAAUCUACAUAAAUAAAUUUAUAAUGAUUUACUUUACUUAUAAAUUUUACAAAAUUAAAUGGACAAUAUUUUAAAAUUUUAAGCAAUAAAACUUUAUUAACAAUUUUCAAUAUUUGAAGCAUAAUCUAUAUCUUAAAAUCUAGGUGAUUUAAAUGAAAAUAGAUGUUUUGAUCUUAAUUCAUCUAGUAUUGUUGUUACAUCACAAAAAACGUAAACAACUUAUGACACACCUUAAUUAUUAAAGCAAUUAAAAGAAAAUUCAAUUUUAUUGAAUUCAACUUUAAAGUAUUUUCAGAAAAUGAAAAAUCAAAGUGAAGAGGAACUUCUUGAAAAUUAAUACAUUUGGAAUGAAGAAAUCUAUGAAUAGCUCUAAUAUUCAUUAACUGGCAUGAUAAAUUUAGUAUAUUAUUUUGAUGAAAUUUAUUCAAGUUUAUCAAAAAUUAAUUAAAAAUAAAUAUAGAUUUAUUAGACGAUAGAUGAAUUAUUAAAAAUCAUCGAAAAAGUAGGAGAAGAGAUACAAAAUACAAUUAUUGUUAACAAUAAAGCAUUUAUUCUUCAAGGUAAUGAGAUUAUUUGGUAGAUGAAAAGAACUAAAAAAUAACUUUUUAACUAUUAAUUUCAUGUAGAAUCAACUAAAGAAGAUUAUUUGAUAGAUUUUAUUUAAUUGGAAUCUAUUCACCUAAAAAGUAAUCCAUUAAGAUUUAUGCCAGAUUUAGAUAAUAUCCUUCAAAAAUAAUUUAAAGUUCAAAAAUUACAAAUUUAUCCGAAAAGUUUCUAUAAAAUUUAAUUUAAAAAUAUUUAUAAAGGAAGAUAUAUUUUAUUUGAAGAUUUUUAAUCUGUAUACAGCACUUCAUUUGAAUCUUUUAGUAUUUGCUAAAGUAACAUAUAAACAAUUGAAUAACACCAAAUUCAAUGCAUCUAGAAAACUCUAUCUGGAUAAUUUUAUCUAUGCGAUUUGACUGGAAUAACAAAAAAUGCUGUUAUAGAAAUAAGAUGUGAAUGUUCUCGAUUUGGAGAAAUAUUUUUAGUAUCUUCUACAAAUUUUACAUUAACAAAUGUAGAUAUUAGUAAUGAAAUAAUAUUAAAUUAUGAUAUGGCAACCUUAUAUGAUUAUUUUACUGAUUUAAUAGCAAGUACUGGUACAUUAACGUUGAUAUUUUUCAUAAUCUAUGUUUAUUAAUUAAUUAAGAAUUUCAAAUAUUAAUUGUAAACAGAAGAAACUAUUCCUACAAGAAGAAAUUUAGAUUUAAUAGAUCAGAAUAAAAUGAUGUAUAGAGGAUUUAAAAAUAUAUUCAAAAUAAAUGCAAAAGUAAUUUUGUUAUUUAUUAUUAGUUAAUUCAUCAAAGCAUUUCAUUAUUUUAUUAUAAAGACAAAAACAUUCAUCUUAGUUACAGGAUUUUGGAAAUUUCUUCUUAAUUUUAAAUACUUUUGACUUUAGCUAUAAUUGAAUGUUAUAAGAUUAAAAUUAUAAAUACUUAUAUCAUAGUAUUUAUAAUUGCAAAUCCUAUCUUACUUAUGAUUUUGAGAAUCUUUUAUAAAAUAAUUGAAGCAAUAUAUAGAUUUAAAAGAAUUGCCGCUUUUAUAAGUUAGUUUAUUCUAAUCAUAUUUUUGAUGCUUCCCAAUCUUAUCCUCUUAAUAUUAUAUUUAUUUAAGUAUUAAAUUUAUAUUAUUUAGAACAUAAAUAUAAUCUGAAAAAUAUUUAAUUGCCAUAAUCCAUUCAGGGAGUGUUAUUAUAUCAUAAGUUUUGGUUGAACCAUUUAUAAUCGGUUGCAGAAUAAUACUUUAUAGAUUAAUUGCAACAAGCUUGAAAAAUAUGGAACUAAAUCCAUUUUAUCAUUUAAUCCAUUUUUUUGUGAUGCAUUCCAGCUUAGAGGAAAUAUUUGAUGAAUUUUCAAGAAUAUGA